GUUACAGGCUAGCCUAAAAGGACAUCAGGGAUGGUUAAAGGACUUAUUCUAGCAGGACUCCUGGUCCUGUUCUGUCAAGAGCUGACUGUACAAGCUCAUGUGUUGAGUAGGCACAACUCUGCUAACAGCAUUGGCAAAAUCAAGAACUUGCUCCAGCAGCUUGAAGAAGCUUUGGUAGCUGAAGAGGACACAGAAGGUCCUGUGGAUUAUGAGGAAAGGAACAUAGCACAAAGUCAAAACCAAGCUUCUCUAGGAAGGGAGGACCAGGCGGCUGCUCCAGAUGUGGAUGGCAACCCUGAUGAGGGACUCGAGAUGCAGAGGAAGCACCUUAUGGAUCUUCUGCUGUCCACAAGAAGCAAGAGCUUCUCAGGCUGCUUUGGUGGAAGGCUGGAUCGCAUCGGCUCCUCCAGCGGCCUCGGCUGCAACUCCAUGAAAGGUUAAAACUUCUCCCAAGCUCUGCUGAGAGACUGGAUCUGUUUGAGGACAGCAUGAACAAAUGUAACAGUCCUUCAAAAGCCCUGUUGAAAAACUGCUGAACUGGGCAAGCAUAAAUUUAGAAGGUUGGUGUGAAAAUGUGAAUGUUAUCCGAUGAUUUAUAGUUCUAAUUUUGCUGAAGAAUUUUUCUGCCUUAUUUGAUUUAUUUAAAUUGAUUUGAGCACAGCUUGUGUCUGGAGAUCCUUUAAUUAACACGUAGAACUGAGAGCUUAUUGAUACAUCAUUGAUUUUCUUUUUAUAGAAAAGAGUGAUAUACAUCUAUCUAUGUAUUCACAUUUUAUUUUAU